UUGUGGGUUGUCUACGAUUCUGGGCUCUAUUGUUGGGUCAUUUUGGAGUUCAAGGAGAAAUUUGUUCAAAUAUUUUAAUUCACUAUUCAGUUCGCGAAGAAAUCUCUAUAUACCUGAAUUUUAACUCGUACUACCUAUAUAAAAAUCGUUUUCCAGUGCGAUUACAAACGUGAAACCUGUUAAACCACAUGGUGUCUUAUUUGUGUUGACCGUUAUAUUUUGUUUGAUGCGUUUGAGUCAAAAUUUUUGUAUUAUCUAGUGACUGUGGGGCUUUUCGGGGUCAAAUGUAUGUUUCUCCUGUAGGGAUCACAAAGACGUACAGUGCAGCAAAUCUUUGUCCUGGCUAUUGCGGCACGGGGCUAUUAAGGAAGGAUUCCAAAUAAGGUUAGUUGGAACUCAUUUUUUUCAAUCUAUAUUGCCCAGAUGGUUACCUUUCAGUGGACGAAGUACUGAAACACAAGGCUUUCCGUGGCAAGUACAAGCGAGCAGACAUCGAGAGGGUUGUACAGAGCAACGACAAGCAGCGCUUCAAGUUGAGGGUCAACCCAGACACUAAUGUCUUGGAGAUCCGAGCCAAUCAGGGACACUCUAUAACUGAAGUGUCCGAGUCUAUAUUAACUCCGAUUCUUGAGGUGAUCAGAUAUUUCCAUGACAAAUGGCGGGGCGCGCAGCCGGCUCCCCGCGCGAUCAGCUGUCGCAGAAGGAGAUCGACUGCAGGGUCCAGGUCUUCGGCUACCCGAUCUACACGCAGCCGCAAGACCUGACGCGCGCGUUCAUCCACUUCGGAAACCUGCGCGUGCACAAGAUGAGCGCCAAGCAAGCCACGCUCGUCUUCCCCACGCCAUACGACGCAAAGAACGCUGUAGAGGCGUCAAACAAAGUGAGCAUCUAUGGCACGCUGCUGACGGUGAAGGCGUUCGACCCCAACCCGAUGGCCGACCAUAUCUCCAAGAAGGAGAAAAAGCAACAGCUCUCGGGCAUCACAAACCCAAAAGAGAUAAGUCUGGCCGGAGACUUCACCCAGCAGCUGGAUAGCAUCCUCGGCAAAGUGCGACUGUCCCAAGAGGAGGUCACGGCCAUCAGCACGCUGUAUGCUGAUGUGGAACGAGUUCUCCAGCCUCUGUGGCCCGGCAGCACGGCGGUGCCGUUCGGCUCCAUCCCCACGGGGCUGGGCAUCCGCUCCAGCGACGCCGACUGCUUCGUGCUGGUGCCGCCGCGCCAGCGCCACCCGGCCGCCAACCACGUGAUGCGCGCCAAGAGGGUGCUGCAGUCCAGCCCGGCCACCUUCGCCGACGUGGUGGCCAUCCCGCGCGCCAACACCCCCAUCGUCAAGUUCCUGCACGUGCCCACCAAGACCGCCUGCGACUUGACCUUCAAAACUGAACUCGGCACCAAAAACAGCAGACUCGUCGCUUUCCUGCUGCACACCGACCCCCGAAUACUGCCGAUGGCCGUCGUGAUCAAGUACUGGGCGAGGGUCCACGACAUGUCCGGCAGCGGGAAACUGACGAACUAUGCGUUGACCAUGCUCCUCAUAUUUUAUCUUCAACAACCCCCGGUGGCGAUAUUGCCGUCGGUGCAGUGGCUGCAGUCGAACGUUCGAGAAGAAAUCGUCGACCACUGGAACGUGGCGUUCGACGCACGCAGAGAAAGCUUGCCCCCGAUCAACAACAGAGCUUCCAUUUCCGAACUUUUCGGAGGAUUUUUCCAAUAUUACUCUCUGUUCAACUUCGACGAUUUGAUCGUCUGCCCGUAUUUAGGCUAUCCGGUCAGGAAGGAAUUGUUCAAAGAUCUGAACAGUUUGCCCCAAGCGUUCGAACGAUAUCGUAAUAACAUUAUUAAUGAUUUGGUGAUGCCGAUGCGGUUCAACACGUCUAUUUGUGUGCAAGAUCCGUUUGAGCAGUGUCAUAAUGUCGCGUCUACGAUAAACAGUAAACUAGCCGAAGAUAUCAAAGCGUACUUCAAAUUCGCUGCAAACGCGUACGAGCAAGAAGCACCCAAAAAAUGUAAAGGAUUCUUUGCAAAGAUCCUGCUUGAGAAACCGAAACUACCGCGACGGAUGAACAGCCCUGAGUUUCGGGUGAACUUGUUCCCGAACAUGAUCGCGAACAUCGACGCUCCCGACUGGAGGGUCGUCGUGAGGAAAAUCGUUUUCGAAAUAUUCGAAUCCAUGCUCCUAAUUCAGCUUGGGAAAGUCGAGGAAAAGGUCAACCCGGACUCGAAGAAAGAAAAGGAAAAAUACUUGGGACUAGUACCUAAGGCUAUUUGGAAACGGAAACAGUUCACGAGGUUGUACAGCAUGAGCAACAUGAGCCUCGUGGAGAGGAAUAAGCGGAUCACGGAAGAGAUACUGAACACGGAAAAAGGAUUGGUCAAUAUAAGUUUCCAGAUGACUAUAACGUUCUGCCAUCAGCCGAGAAGCUCCUUGGUGUCAAUUAAAAUGUCGAGCGGAGAUGUGGACGCUUACAGAGAGUUCGGGAAGUUCUUCGUGUCGGUGCUUCAGAACUGGUUCCUGCAGCUGGUGAAGCCCUACGCCAACUGUCCGGACGUCGACAGCGCCACGAAGGUGGCGCAGACGAUAAAGAUAUUGGACAGCGCUCUCAACACGAGCAGCGAGGACAGUGUGGAAAGCGAGACGGCGGCGACCUCGUCCGUGGCCCCGCCCUGACCGGCGACCCUCUGCCGUCUGCCCCAGCCCCAGUCCCCGCCCCGGAACCAUGUCUGGGCUGCUCGAUACGAUCUAUUCUACUAUUAAGCUAAAUAUCGACGUAUAGUAUAAAACUAUUUUGACGUUUUACUUUUCUAACGUGAAUAGGAUUACUAUUCUUGUGUAAAUAAAUAAAGAUAUUUUUUAUAAUAAUGAAAUAA